CGGCUGUCCAGGCGCCCGCGCCUCACGGGGCCCGGGCGGGAUCCACUGGGCGGGGCUGCGACCUCUCCGUCGGGGUUGGGUCACGGGGCAAGGAGGGACCAGCCACACUCCCGUCAGUGAGGACCCACCUUAGCCCAGCCAUCUCAGCCCACCCCUGGCAGUGAGGAUCCACCUUAGCCCAGCAGCCUCAGCCCACCCGCGUCAGUGAGGAUCCACCUUAGCCCAGCCGCCUCAGACUCCGCCUUGCCGAUCAGUGAAACGAAUCGCGUCGGUGCGGGCACUGGUUGAACUGUAGGGUUUUCUCUGCGGGCCAGGCGUAGGGCCAGUGCCGUAAUGACUUCAGUGAGCUGGGGAUGAGAGCUGUAAACGCCUACUGUGCCCUGAGCGUCAGGCGAGGGACAAAUGGCCCGCGCAGAGGGUGCCGUGCGGGGUGUCCCGCCGUGGCCUUGGGCUGUCCCGGGGACACGGCGCUGUCCCUCACGGGCGUCGUGCAGGAGUGAAGUUACACCUCGUUCGGGUACAGCUACAAACUGGUAGCAAGUGCCGUUGCUCUUCCCCACUCCUCCUAAAUAAGUAUAUUGUCACUUGCGUCGUGUGGAAACCUAUAUCAAAAUCUUUCACCUGUUUUUUUAACUGCUGGGCUGGUGCUGCUGAAUGUAUCUCACUGAAGUGCGUGACACCUCAGCCUGCUGAUCUUCCUGAACUGUGGUUUCCAAGGCAGAAUUAAUAUGGAUGAUUCUUAUAGUUCAAGUGGAGUGUGUGUUUUCAACACCCUACAAAACGAAGCUUUUGGAAGCAGUAACUAUUAACUCCAUAGCAGGUUAAAUUUUCUGCUAUUGCAAAUUGGAAUAAUUUAUUUGCAAUCACUGGAUCUACAAAUAGUUGUGCCUGGAGGUUCAGUGGUGGCUGAAGGGUACAUGACACGAGCUGCCAGGUGGUACAGCGUAAGGUUUGCAUAAAGGUCUCUGAACAAAAUGAAUUUCAUUACAAGGCUUUCUGCUUUAUGUCUGAGGAAAAGCAAGAUGCAACACAGGCACCAAAGUAAUAGACGACCAGCUGCUCCACUUGGAUCACGGAUUUUAACUGAUCCUUCUAAGGUCUUUGAGCAUAACAUGUGGGACCACAUGCAGUGGUCACAAGAAGAAGAGGAGAGUGCCAAGAAAAAAGCAGCAGAGAACUCGCUUGUGAAAGUUCAAUGGGAAGACCAAGAUAAAUAUGAGAGAGAAGCCAGUAAAUAUUGGAAUGAAUUUUACAAGACCCAUAAAAAUAACUUUUUCAAGGAUCGUAAUUGGCUAUUUCUGGAAUUUCCAGAAAUUCUUCCAGAAGAAAAGAGACAAGAAUUGAGAAGAGAAGAAAGAUCUUCAGAACACAGAAAAAUAAAUAGUACCAACAGUUUUUCACACAAAAAUGAAAUGUUUGAUGAAGGAGAAAAAUACUGGAAGAAAAAUUAUCGAGGUGGUUCUACUGCUGUACAAGGAUGUGUAUAUAAUAAAAACCAAGCAGAAACACUUAGUGAAAAUCCUCAGGGUAAAAAUUGUGGAGAAGAACUUGACAGGCUAGAAUCUUUCCCUGGAAGUGAUGCCACUUAUAGAAUAUUAGAGGUUGGUUGUGGAGCUGGAAACAGCGUCUUUCCUAUUUUGGAAGUUCUAUGCAAUACACCUGGAACCUUUCUAUACUGUUGUGAUUUUGCUUCAGGAGCAGUGGAGCUGGUAAAGUCACAUUCGUCCUACAAUUCAGCCUGGUGUUCUGCCUUUGUUCAUGAUGUGUGUGAUGACGCUUUACCCUAUCCUUUUCCAGAUGAGAUCCUGGAUGUCAUUCUCCUUGUCUUUGUGCUCUCUACUAUUCAUCCUGACAGGAUGCAAGGGGUUGUAAAUAGGUUGGCUAAGCUACUGAAACCUGGAGGAAUGUUGUUAUUUCGAGACUAUGGAAGAUAUGAUACAGCUCAACUUCGUUUUAAAAAAGGUCAUUGCUUGUCAGAAAAUUUUUAUGUACGAGGAGAUGGAACCAGAGUGUAUUUCUUUACCAAAGAUGAGGUAUGGAACAUGUUCAACUUGGCUGGAUUAACUGAAGUACAGAAUUUAGUUGAUCGGCGAUUACAAGUAAACAGGAAGAAAAAAGUGAAAAUGCAGCGAGUUUGGAUACAAAGCAAGUUCCAGAAACCGUUGCUGUCUCUGCAUAAUCCUGAAGAAACAACCAAAAGGCACCCUUAUAAAUAAUUGUACUCCAGAAAUGUAGCACAGCAAUGAACUCUAGAAAUGGAAGCAAAUUGGAGUUCGUAUAUUUCCAGUAAAUGUUGUGUUAGCCACUGAAAAAGAUAAAUAUAUUGAACUGAAAAUUAAAACCUUUCCCCUGACUUUCUUUUCUUUAUAAAUAAAUAUGUGUGAGAAAGAUCUGGGGUGGUGGGGGGGAAGGCCAUUUCUCACUUCUGCUUUAUAUGCAAUAAAGGGAUAUUCAUUAAUCUUUUCAUAAUUGUGACCAGGCACUAUUUUACUUUCUGAAAUAGGAAUAGUCAGUAAGUAUAUAUCUCAUUCAUGUUGAAAUUCACAAUAUGUAAAAAGUUUUAGACUGAAGCACAAUUUUUUCAGAGAUUUAGAGAAACAGAAUAUCUCUUCUCACUGUUA